GCUCUCAUUGUUAAAAAAAAUGUGUCAUACUGUGUGAGUAUUGCAUCAGCUCCUCGACAUGAAGGCAGCUGCUAGACCGCACUUAUUCCUUCUCAGCUGGUUUCUGUGCUUCUGCCUGGCCCAAAGAGACGGCGAUGGCAAGGGCUUCUGCGCAAAGGGGACUCUCUGCGCGCAUCAAGUCGACAUCCCGCUUGACGAGGAGCGGCGUGUGAUGGCCGUGUGGUUGGGCGACGGAAACGAGGGCACUGUGCUCGGCCCGGGACUCUGGAACGCCCUGCGGGGGGGGUAUGGGGGCACGUGGUAUAAUUAUACGGCAGUACAGAGAGGUCCCGAGUACUGCGUCGCCAAGCAAGCCAGUCCCAAGAGGGAGACGUGCGACAAGGCUAAAGACAGCCUGUCCAUCAUCACCUCCAGCGACACCAAGUGGGACCUUCAGCCCUCCAGCCUGUCUUCCGGCUGCAGGCGCUACUAUCUGCUGGGCCUCGGUCUGGCCCUGUACGAUUCGCCGACCCGACUCCUGUGGUGGCCGGGUGAGCUGGCGGACAAGUUGGUUCUGGGUCUUGGAAAGUCUUCGGUGUCAAAUAUAGUACUUACAACCUUUGAUAAAAUAGAAUCGCAACCUUGGUACGACAUAACCUUUCAGCGAGUGCCCAAUAAAUACAACUGUAUUGUAAAAAGUACAAUACUCAACGUGUCCCUCACUUGCCGUAAGGACCAAACACAACCGUUUUUCUUUAGAAGUCUCGACCGUAAUGGGACGCGCGCUCCAAGUUACUUUUCCGUGAACUGCGAGGACUCAGGCAUCGACUGGCGCGUGGCAGUGGGCACAGCGUUUCUCCUGUUUAUUUUCUUGGUCAUCCCGCUUGUUUGUUUUUGGAAACUCAGGUCGUCCCCCGCUCGUAAGAUGUAUGAGGACAUCUAUAUGCCCUCUCCGCCUCCUUCCCCAACUCUCCGUCCAUCUUUACCGUCACCCCCUCUGCCAUCCUAUCCUCCUCCACCUCCACCUGCUUCCAACGAGAUCGGUGGCCAAGAGGGGUACGACGACAUGGAGUGGAGCUUGUUGAGAUUCCAGCAAGGGAUGGAGAAGGGGGAUGAGAAUUCCCUCUAUAUCUCUUUUGAUUAUCGGAGUGCUGGCAAUGACCACCACGAUGAAUAUGACCCAGUUGACUCAAAGUUAUGAAAAAAAAUAAGAUAUAUCAAGAAGAGGGGAAGGAAUAUACGAAUUUGCUCCAGAGGUCUCCACCUUCCUUGUGUUUCCUAAGUUCUCCGAAAUGUCCGAGAACUUCUACUCUUGUUCUUAAGUUCUGGGAAAGUCUCGACGUCUUCUGCCGCCACUAGCACAUCCAGUGUCUGUUGACGUCUCGCUGUGACUCCUCUGUUCUUCAUUCUCUCUUGCCGUCGUCCCAGUGGUGAUACUAACAUGCCUUGGAUCCCUUCCUUUUUUCCCCACCACAGCGUCCAAGGAACUUCGCAAGGCAACCAGAUUCCUAUAACUUUUUUUCCGAAAAGGUCAAGGAAUCGAGGAGGAGCAACACUGCAGGGCGAAUCAGUGGCCUUGAUGUAUCAGCAAACCAACUGUGACUGGGACCUCACUUGCCGCUACGGUGUAAAAUUAUGUUGGUCAUACAGUGUAAUACAGUUAUGAAGAGUGACAUACCAUCAGUGUACCUGCACUUUUCCGGUGCAAACGUGAGCUUCACAUGGCAUCUCUAAUAAAUAGAUGAAGUCAUA